GAGCGACGACGACCAAUUCUUCGAUGACAACUUUUUCUGCGCCGACGAGACCCUUGCUGCGCUCGAUAGCGUUGUAGCAAAAUAUGCUGCUGGUGAACAUGCGCUACCGCUAACGACCGAUAAUCUCGAGGACUCUGAACCACCGACCAAAAGACAGAGAUUGGACGAUGUUCAGCAAACACACGUUCCUGUAGCUCGGGUAGCCGCAGACGAUCUCCCAGAAAUAUCAGUGUCCGGUGUUGGCAUGCACCGUGUCUAUGGAUAAUGAGCAGACAAUGACUGGCCCUAAUGGGGGCAAGCAUACCGAUACAGACAUUACAAUGACAGAUGUAACGAAUCGGAACGUUCACCUACCUCAGAGCAAUGCAAGCCGCCCACCGUCUCGUGGACAUCAAUCUGGACGUGUUCUGAUGGGAAGAAAUGGACAUCCUCCUCAGUCGCAUCAAGCACAGACGUUUCGUUCUAAUGCUACAUCUUCUAUUCUUGUCCCACCUCAAAUCUCAAACGCAGAUGCUGUAGAAGCCAGAGUGCAAGACUUAUUGACGAAAUUGAAAGAGUCAGAAGAUGAAAGAAGGAAGGUCCAACUCGCACUUGAGGAAGCUAAGAAAGCCCGAUUUUCAAGGGAAGGAGAGGUGACAAUUCUUCGUCAAACCAUCGAAAAGACUGCCAAAGAUUACGCCGCUCAAUUAUCAAGACUCAAAGCCGAGAAGGAAGAAACGGAUGCCAGACAGGUGCAAAUGCACAGAGAUCGAAAAAACGAAAUGGAGAGGCUGAAGACUGAAUUCAUGUUCAAGCAACAGGAAGCGGAAGCCUCACGAAGGCCACCGUCAGGGCAAUCUAAGAGGGCAGGGAAGGAUGUCUAUGCCCAAGCUUUACCGAUUCCCUCUCAAAUGCAAGGGUGGAACCUCAACCGUAGUUCCCAGGCCAGGCCCAGUACUCCACGUCGUGUGAACAGCCCCAAGACCUCUCGGAAUCUUCAGAAGACUCCAGAAAAGUCUCAGCGACUGCUUGACUUCCAAAAUGCCUUCACGCAUAGCCCCACAUUACAACCACGGAAAAAUACAACAAGGAACACACAUUCUUCAAAUCAAAUAUUAACGCAGAUUCAGACCAUCAGGUCUCCGAUUUCCAGCCCCUCCCGAAGGAACGGGCCGGAUGCUGAUUCCGAUGUCAAUAUGGACGACGACUUCAAAAUUGACGUAGAAGCAAUUCCAAGCAAUGACGAUGUGUUCAAUGAUGAUGGCAAUACGAUAACUAUAGCAGACCAAACUGUGGAGGUCUCUGACCUGGAACCAUUUGACUGGAAAGCAGAACUGUUCCGAAUAUUGCUGACCCAUACGACGUCAUUAUCUCAUCAACCGACACUACUUUCGCUGACAGAAGCACCUGUUGUAACAGCCACUCACUCCAAUAGUCAAUAUAGCGAAGUCAUAUCAGGCAUCCUUGCCAUUGUAGCCGCGUCGAGAUUUCACGAUUAUCCCACGGCAGCUAUAGCUAUGUCGCCGUGUCUGGUUUCCAUGGCGUCUGUUUUGGUUACGCUAGAUCUAACUUCUAAUUUAGUUGAAAUGCUAGACCUACUAGUAUCACUCAUCCAUUCAUUACCGUUCUUUUCCUCCAUACUACUAUCACAGACCGAUACCAAUGGCAGUCCUCGCAUUAUGGUAUUACUCUCCAGUGUCAUCUGUAACCAUUUGCAGCCCUCGAAGGAUGGGGCCUACCCAAACCUACUUGCGAAGAAAACGUUAGCCUUACUAGAAGUGUUAUGUUGGAAUGUCACUACUACAGAUAUUGACAAACUAGGAUAUAUAUGCCAGAACCGAGAAGUUCUCGCUGUGCUCCUUCAUAAUCUCCAACCAAACUGGGUUUUAUCCCAAGUGACUCGCCUCCUCGUUCGUCUCAUGACAUAUCCGCAACUUUGUUACUACAUACUCGCCUUUCCGAUGUCCGGUUCAGAACAACCUGUCGCGUCCGAGACCACCAAAUAUCCUGUGCUCGAUCGAUUAUGCUCUUUCCUCAUUGAUAUCAAUCGUCAAGAUGAUGAGUGCUUGUCCCUGAAAACACAUAUCCUCAUCUUCUUUGCUUUGGUGUCAGUUGCUGAUGCCAAGGCAUUUGCUGUGUUGACUGACUCGAUCGUCUUGGUGCCCUCAUUAGUUGUAUGCCUUCAUAUGCUGACGACGCCAUUAUGGGAGGAAGACCAAAAGUACAUUUUGUCUGCGGACCUCACAUUGAUGACUGUUCGAAUGAUAAAUUACGUCUUGUAUCUUCUUCAUAACAUCAUUAGCAGCGAUCCGACAGCCAUGAGCUUGCGGCAGAAACUUCUUCGUGCUCCACCCCGACAUUUCAAUGGCAUUAUGCAUAUGUUCACCCUCACAUUUGGGCGGUUAAGUUAUUCACCUCUGCCGGACUGGACGCCAGUGCCUGCCCAACUUGAGUUAAACAUCAUGUCAGAAAUGGCUAGGGACAUGGUAGAACUUGUCCUAGAUCAACCAGAAGAUGAAGCUCUUUGGGUGGCGCUCCAAGAAACAGACCAAGAUGGGGACAGUGUAACAAAUGAAGAUGAUAUAGAAGAAGAACUCAUGGGAUGUUGACUACGGAGUAUGAUGAUUGUGAUUUGUAUGUACUAUCUGUAGUCUAUGUAGCAUUUUUUUAAUUUCAUCUGUCACGGAAG